AUGCUUGAGGAUAUUGAUUCCCACGAACAGGAAGAGAUAGAACCUAGCAAAGGGAUGUCUCAAAAACUCUUUUACAAGAAAUUCCUGAGACUUUUGCUAACAAUGAAAUUCAAAACAGUAUCUUUUUAUCUUCUUCAAGUAAUAUCAAUUGUUUUGGUAUUCUUAUGCAUAGUUUUAUAUUAUGCAUUAAUCAAAAAAGAAAUUGAGGAAGACAAUAGUGAUACGACAUAUGAUUAUCCGAGUUAUAACAUAGGAGAGCAAACAAAGUUCUGCCAGUUCGAUUAUGAGCCAAUUGACUAUAGUCAACCUUUUCUAGAAAACGUUACAAUGGGAUUUUAUCCUAAUAAUUCAAUUACACAAGAAAUGUAUGAUAAUUUAGGAUCAACUAGCCAAAACUCAACCUUUUACAUGUAUAAUGACACAGAGGACUACAAAAAAUUUUUAGAUCGGGCUAGUAGAGCAUAUUACUCAGUUGAAUUUAAUGGACCACAUAAUAUCAAAGCAUCUGCUGGAAUGAAAACAACUAGUUAUGAUGCAAUGAUCUAUACGUCAGGUCAAUAUCUCUUUAAGUUGCUAUUUGAAAGAACAAAUGUUUCAUUUUCGUUCCAAUCUUGCUCAAUCAGUACUAAUUCAGAUACAUUUGCAAAUUCUGACUUUCUUGCAUUCAUUAUUUUGAUUAAUAUUGCAUUUUCUUUCAUUUUUAUCCAAUCAAUUUAUCAAUUUUAUGAACUCAGAAGUUCAAAGAUUCUGUUCUUAUUAAAUGUUUCAGGAGCAAGUGAAUUUGUAACAUAUAUGGCAUUUUUCACCAUCGACUUCUGUUUAAUAAUAUUUUAUGCAAUUAUUACAACAAUUUCGGUUUAUGUUGGUGGAUUGAAUUCAAAUAUAGGGUUUAUCUUUGUUUCUAUUCUCAUUGAUUUACUUUGCACUUAUGGAUUGACAAUCUUCAUCGCAAUCAUCCUUGUAAAUGAGAAAAUCAUCAAAUAUUUCAUAUUAAUUGAUGUAUUGGCAGGUGCAGUUUAUUAUGCAAUAGCAAUGGUUGAACUUUAUAAUAUUAAACCAUUCACUCUUUUCUUGGAGAUUGUUCAAUUUGUUCCUCAAGGUUUCAUUGUUGUUUUGAUUGAUAACAUGAUAUUUGCACAAGAAAAAUCAUUGAAAUUAGGAUUUGAUAACUGGGAAACAGUCUACCAUAUGAUUCCUACAAAGAGAUCAUUUUAUAUUUGUCUCGGAAUGAUGUUCGCUUUCUACUUUUUGUUUUGGUUUUUCAAUUUGAUGCUUCCAAGACCAGCAGGAACUCCUCCAAUUGGAUUUAGAAACUUAUUCUCGUGUGGACACUGGGGCAAAAUAUUUAGAUGCGGUAAAUCAGCAAGAAUUGUUCAUGAUGAAAGUGAACAUUUCAUAUCAGUGGAAAAUAUCGAUAAAAGAUAUGGUUUCUCAACACAUGCAUUGAAAAAUGUUUCCUUCAAUAUCGAUGAAGGUGAAAUCAUUAUCUUAAUCGGUCCAAACGGUUGUGGAAAGAGUACUCUUUUGAAUAGCAUGACAGGAAGUAUUGAUUGCAAUAGCGGAAAACUCAGAUUAUUCGGUGAAGUUGCUGGAGGUGGAUUCAGUGAUCUGCAGCAAUUUCUUGGCAUUUGUUUCCAGGAAAAUAUUUUCUUUGAGAAGAUGAGUGUGAGAAACCAGCUCACUUUCUUUGCUCAAAUUAGAGGAUUGGAAGGCGAUAAACUCACAGAAACUGUUGAUCAUUUCAUUGAUAUCUUCGGUCUAAGCGAGUGUGAAGAUAGUUUCGCUACAGUCCUUUCAGGUGGUCAGAAGAGAAAGCUUUGCAUUGCAAUGGCAUUCAUCGGAAAACCUGCUUUUGUUAUUCUUGAUGAACCAACUGCAGGAAUUGAUGUUACAACAAGACAAUUGAUUUGGAAGGCAAUUUCAAGCAUGAACAUCACUUCUCUUGUAAGUUCUCAUUCUCUUGAAGAAGCUGAAUCUGUUUCAAGCAGAUUAUUUGUCAUGAGAAGUGGAGAACUUGUUUUCGAUGGACCUUCUAAUGAAUUGCGUCGUAAAUAUCAUUGCGGAUAUAGAUUGGCUCCAAUGUAUAACUUCCAAGGAGACACACAAGAAAUGAACGACAGGAUUCUCGAAUUCUGUAAGAAGGAAAUUGAAGAUGUGAUAAAGUUCCAACUUUACUUAAGAUGCUGA